AUGACUCGUGGAGAGGCUACCCGCGCCAAGGUUUUCUUCAAGGGCGAGCACGAUGACUUUGUCGUCGUUGUCGACAGUGUUGAGGACUACCAGAAGUGGGUUUCUGACAGAUCGACCCCCCUCGCCCAGGUUGUCUCUUCUUUCAAGGUCUUUGCUACUCACCGCCACGGGCCCCACGGCAGACUUGAGGGUGCCUCGAAUGCCCUGCUUGAGAACGAGUUUGGUACUUCCAACGAGGAUGAGGCCGUGAUUAAGAUUUUGGAGAAGGGCACACUGCAGGAGUUUGAGUUGCAAGAGCGCCAGGGCUUCAGAAACGAUGCCAACGCUAUCGGCAGCGGCAGAUAA